UAUCAAACCCUUUUCCUUCACCUCUAGAUUUCCAUCACUCCCACAUUCAUUUGUGUCACUCGCAGCUACCACUGAGUUUGCAAUCAACUAGAGCCACCCCUUCCUCUCUCGUGUAUCAUUAUUUGAAAGAAUAGACACUCGAAUCGCGCCUUCGAUAGACAACUCCCGAGGUCCAGGUCACACGACUCCUCCCGAGUCCUCGUUCCUCUCAUACAACCAUGAAGAUUUUCUCAUCCUCAUACACUUUCGACUACUCUUGGGAAGAGGUCAGCACCAACAACUGGCGGAAAUACUGCCCAUGGAAUGAUAAAGCCUCUCAUGUAUUGGCCGUGGAUACACUUUCUCGCCACGUCGAUCCUAGUACUGGUAUCCUGCGGACCGAGCGUCUCAUCACCUGCAAACAGAACGCACCACAAUGGGUCUUGACAAUACUGGGGGGUGACACCACCAGUCAUGUUUACGAAGUUUCCUACGUGGAUCCUGCUUCCAAGAAGGUCACCAUGUGCAGCACAAAUAUGACAUGGUCAAAUUUGCUGGAAUGCCGAGAAACCGUCAUCUACCAGCCUUCAGCAAACGAUGCUCAAGCCAAGACGGAAUUCAAACAAGAAGCCAAGAUCGUGGCAAUGUGUGGUGGAUGGCAAAAAAUCCGCACUAAGAUCGAGGAGGCCAGUGUGGAAAGAUUUCGAGAGAAUGCAGCUCGAGGGCGUGAAGGCUUUGAGAUGGUGCUCGAAAUGUCCCGCAGAUUGUUCGCCGAAGAGCGGGAGAAGUUGCAGCUGGGCAAGGUCCUCGCGGUAUAGCCAACCUCAACUUUUACACGAAGGUCCAGGAUGGGUGGAUCAUCAUCUCCUAUCAACAUUUUACGACUCAUGAAUUUCGAUGCAGCGAAUGGUUCUCCUCCCAGAAGGGCGUCUGACAUCGAAGGUCAAUCUGGGAGCGUUGUGAACAACCAAAAAAGUUGGGCGAUUGGGUUUUUUAUGAUCUUUCAGCGUGGCGUUAUGGAGUAGAAAAAAAUACUCCGACAGAACGUGGCUUGUCAGGUCAUGUUCUGCAACUGCAUUUUCUCAACUUCGAGCAGAAUAGAGGUACGAUGCAUUGAUGAUAUUAGCAUAUACAUUAGUCUUAGAUAUUAGAUGAAGAGAGAGAUUUGACCUCAAGGUCUGAAGGCAAUACCUGUUUCCUA